AUGAAAAAAACUAAGAUUAGUCUUUUCUUCAUAUCUUCUUUAGUCUGUGCUUUUGUUACUCUUACGUUUUAUAAAAGAUAUAGAUAUGAAUUUGAUAGAAAUUAUGUUGAGCAGAGACUAUCCCUAUACUCAGAAGAAUCCUUUUAUUUCUCCUUUUACAAUGAUAUAGUAAAAUCGAACACAUUUUUGGAAGGCAUAAAUUGCUUACUUAAAGACAACAGAAGUGAAUACCCCGAUACUAUAAAUGCAAUAAAACGUUUUAAUAUUUACCCAGAAAUUAUCCUUGGGGCCUUAUGGAAAGGGCUAAAUUUAGAGUCAUAUAUUUUGACGCCUUAUAAUUUUUAUGUAUAUGCAGUUAUUUUUCUGCAAGCUGCUAGUGUCAGUGUCCUAUUCUUCUUUUCAGUAUAUAUAGGUAAAUCCUAUUUUCCCGGAGUUAUAUUUUUAAUGUUGUUUUUUUCAUGUUUUCGUGAAAAGUUUAUAAUGAGAUUAUCAGCUUUUCCUUUGAGAGAAAAUUUUGCAUCUGUAUUUAUGUGGUGGAAUAUAGUACUUAUAUAUAUAAUUCUUAAAAACAAAGAGAUUCCCAUAUUAAAAUACAUAGGUUUAUUUUUUUCUUCCUUGUUGUGCUUUCUCUUUUGGCAAUUUUCUGUAUUUGUAUCAGUCACACAUAUAGUUUCUUUAUUUGUUGUAGAUUUGUUAGGAUAUAACAUAACAAAUAAAUUAAAUCAUAUUCUUUUCAUAUUUUGUUCUUCAUAUUUAUUAUCAAUAAUUAUAACUUUUUUCCCAAGGUAUUUAUUAUGCACUUAUUUUCCUUAUGUUCUCUUAGCUAUAUUAACUACCAACAUACUUUUCAAUUAUGUCUCAAAAAAAAAGAAUGAUGAUGUAAUUAAAAAUAAGAAUAAUAAGAUAAAUAAUAUGAAUGAAGAAAAUAAAAAUGAACAGUCUAAGACUUGCACAUUUGCUAGAUCUACCAAACGGAAAAGUCAUCAAAUUAUUGAUAAUAAUAAUAACAAUAAUAGUGAUUUAAAAAAUAAUAAUAACCAUCCUUGUAGUAAUUAUUAUAAUCAAUAUGAUGAAGGAAAAAAAGAAGAAAUAAAUGGUGAAUCUACAAAUAAAUAUAAUAAAAAUAUCAACUUAUAUACAUUAUUUAAAAAUCUUUAUAUAAUAAAAAACUGGAUAUUUAUUUUAAAAAAAGGAUUAACAUCCAUUUUUAUAUUUUUCAUUUUACGUUUAAUAAUAUUUUCAAAAGAUAAAGAUGAUUCACAUGUUAUAUCAUUAUUAAAAGUAAGAUUAAAACUAGCUAAUCAUAAUUUUGAUACUAUGUUAUAUAGUUCAGGUUCUGAAUUUAAUCCUUUUUCUAAAUAUAUGUUUCAUAUGUUAAAAGAAUCAGCAGUAUAUGAAUAUUUUAUUAUAUUUAAUAUUCUUUUCUUUAUUUAUAUUCUAAAUUAUUGUAAACAACUCUUAAAAAAAAAACAAGAACAAGAACAAGAACAAGAACAAGAACAAAUAGAACAGUAUGAUAUAUUCAAAUCUCCAUUCGUUUUUUUGAUAAACCAACUAUUAUUUUUUAUAUCAUUAAUGUUAAUUAUAUCUAGAUUGCGUGUUUUAGCUUUACCCCUUAUAUGUCUCUUUUCUAGUUUAAUUGGUUCUCCUCAUAUUUUGGGCAACCUGUAUUUCUUGACGUCAGAAAAUUUUCUUCAAUCAAAAAGAGUGAAUAAGGGACGUCUGCACAAAAUUAUAAUUUUUUCAUUAUGCCUUGUGCAGUGCGCUUACCCAUUUAAAAAAUAUUUCCCUCAAUACGAAUACAUGAAUAUGAUUAACAAAGAACCCAUAAAUUUACAAAAAAAUUUAGAUUUAAUUAUAUGGCUACAAAAGAAUAUAAAAGAAGAAGAAGCUUUAAUUGCUGAUAUACCGACAUCUAGUUUUUUAAGAUGUACUACAAAUUAUAAAUUUGUAUUGCAUCCACAAUAUGAAGAUAGUAAUUUAAGAAAGAGGGUUCAAGAUUAUUAUAUGUUUUCAGCAUGUCUUCCUUUUAGUGAUGGAAAAAAAUAUUUUUAUGAAAAAUAUAAAAGUAGAUAUUUUAUAAGUAAUAUAUACAGAUGUUCAUCAUCAGGUUCACAAAUAAAUGUUUUUAAAAUAUCUGAUAAAAUUGAUUCUAAUUAUGCUAGAUGUGUAACAAAAAAAAAAACAAUGAGAUUCUGUAAUCGAGUUUUAUAUGAUGAUAAAAAUUAUAAAACUUUAUAUAGAAAUGGAAAAUUCAGUGUUAUAUAUUUUACUCCAGAAAUUAUACCAGAUAAUACACCUUAUAAAUUUUUUAAUCAAAAAAAGUAUUCAAAUAUAAUUUAUUAUGAACCAUGGAUAAAACGAUGCAUGCAAACAGAUGAUAAAUGUGCUCUACAUAUUACAGAAGUAGCAAGAACAUAUAUAGAUAUGUUAAAAUAUAAUUUAAUCGCAUAUACUUUAUAUGAUUAUGUUGAAAAUAAUUUAAUGAAUAAUAAUGUAGAAGUAAUAUUUCAUAUAGCUGAAUUUUAUGAUUAUGAUAAAAAAGAUCAUAAAAAAGCAAAUGAAUUAUAUAGAAAAGCAAUAAAUCUUAUAAUAAAAGAAGAAACUGAUUUAAAUACAUAUAUUAUUGGACAAACACCAUUUGUAUCUAUACCUAGAAAAAUACAAAUCUUAUCAUCAUAUUUAUAUUUUAUUGUUGAUAUGUCUUUAUAUAAAGAUAGACAAGAAAUAUUUUUAAUAUAUAAAAAUAUGAAUGAAUUAAUACACACAGCUCUUUUUGCAUUAGAUAAUGGAUUCUAUUAUGAAAUUAUUAAAUCUACACAAUCUAAUCAAAAAGAUCAAAUAAUUAAAAGAUCCUUUUAUAAAAAAGAAUUACAUACUGUUAUAAAUACAUUGUGUCAAAAUAUUAUAUAUUUAAAGCAAAUCCAACAUGAACAUAUUCAAUAUAUUCAUAUAUAUAAUAAUUUAUGGAUACUAAUUAAAAGAUUAUCACAUAUGGAAAGUUGUGUUAUUGAAAAUCUUGCCAUAUAUGAAAAUAAAAAAAUAAAGUUUUUAGAUUAUUUAUUAUUUUUUUACAUAAAAAAUUAA